GAGUGGCUUUCUCUUUAAUCUCGUUUUCUCGUCAGGCCUCACCCUUUCUCGGGCAGGCGUGUUUCAGAGAGAGAGAGAGAGAGAGAGAAAGAAAGGGGGAGAGAGAACACUGUACAUAGAAAUUAUCUCCGAUCGGCUGUCUCCGGCACUACCACCGUCACUGGCAAGUGCUGCUCUCUCACAAAAUCCCAACUUGGCGCUUCGUGUUCUCUAUCUAACGGAGUAAGUCUAUCUACUAUUCUCUCUCAUAUGCAUGCCAAUAGGAUUGUUGUAGAAUAUACAGAUGGGGCAUAAGAAGCGAAACCUCGCUCCGCGCUCAAAGGGGUCGCCGGGGGGCGCCGCAGUCGGGGGAGAUGGCGCCAACUCGGCUGAAGCGGAACAAUCUCCGAAUCUGAAUGUGGGCAACAGUUCGGAAAAGAGUAAGAUGGUAACGGGGGUCGAAUCGGAGGGUUCGGCUUACUCUGCGAUCAAACUGGAAUGCGAGCGGUCGCUGACCGCCCUCCGCCGGGGGAACCACAACAAAGCCCUAAGAAUCAUGAAGGAGUUGAGUGUUCGCCACGACAACUCUGUGCACUCGGCGUUGAUUCACCGAGUUCAGGGGACUGUGUGUGUGAAGGUAGCGUCGAUUAUUGACGAUCCCAAUGCGAAGCAGCGGCAUUUGAAGAAUGCCAUUGAGACUGCUAAGAAAGCGGUGGAGCUGUCACCGAAUUCCAUUGAGUUUGCUCAUUUUUAUGCCAAUUUGCUCUAUGAGGCAGCGAGUGAGGGGAAGGAGUAUGAAGAGGUGGUGCAUGAGUGUGAACGGGCAUUGUCUAUUGACAGUCCGGUUGAUCCUGCAAAGGAAAGCUUGCAGGAUGAGAGCCAGCAGAAGAUAUCAACAGUGGAAGCACGAAUUGGGCAUGUGCAGAAUGAGUUGCGGUCUCUUAUUCAGAAAUCGAACAUUGCAUCAAUUUCGACUUGGAUGAAGAAUCUUGGAAAUGGGGAGGAGAAGUUUAGGUUGAUUCCAAUAAGGAGGGUUUCGGAAGACCCCAUGGAGGUGAGGUUGGUGCAAAGUAAGCGGCCUAAUGAGAUCAAGAAGGCAACUAAGACACAGGAAGAACGGAGGAAGGAGAUUGAAGUCCGGGUGGCUGCAGCAAGGUUAUUGCAGCAGAAGUCAGAUGCGCCUCAAUCACAAAGUGAGGGAGAUAGGACUGAUAAGGCAUCAGAAACAUCUUCAGGACCUGGUCAGAGAGUGGGAGAGCGCCGGAAGAAUGCCCGGAAAUUUGGGUCUACAGUGGAAAGAAAGGAUAGGGUUAGGUCAUAUUGGAAUUCAAUGAGUUUCAAUAUGAGGAAAGAUUUGCUUAAAAUCAGGAUUAGCGAUCUCAAGGCCCAUUUUAGUUCAGUGAAGGAUGGCUUGGCAAGUGGAGUGUUAUCGGAAGCUUUGUCUUUUGUAGAAGUGAAUAAAGCGUGGAAGUUUUGGGUUUGCUGCCGUUGUGGUGAGAAAUUUAAAGAUUCAGAAUUGCACAUGCAGCAUGUUGUGCAGGAGCACAUGGGGAACCUCUUACCCGAAAUGCAGUCUGUUUUGCCCCAAAACAUUGACAAUGAGUGGAUUGAGAUGAUUGUUAAUUGUUCUUGGAAACCACUGGAUAUCUCUGCUGCAGUUAAAAUGCUGAAAAAUGAAUCAAAAUGUCAACAAAAUGAACUUGUUGAUGAAUUUUACACAGGGAACAAUACAGAGGAGUGCAUUGAUUGCUUCAAAGAUGCAUGGGAAUCUUCCCCUGAAAAGGGGAUGUUAGGCGAUGGUUGCAGUUGUGGAAACUUGGUGAAGAGUGACUCUGAUAAGAUUCCAAACCAUGGUACCAGAGAAUGUGAUGGGAAUGAGGGGUCCAAGGCAUACUUGCUUGCCAAUAGAUGGCCACUAGCUGAUGAUUCUGAGCGUGCUAAACUCCUUGAAAAAAUUCAUGUGUUGCUUGAGAUGCUUAUUAAACAUAAGUGUCUAGCUGGGAGCCAUCUUAGCAAGGUGAUGCAAUUUACAACGGAUGAGCUGCAGGGUAUUGCUUCUGGUUCUCAGCUUCUGAACUAUGGUGUGGACCAAACACCUAUGUGCAUAUGCUUUUUGGGAGCUUCCCAACUCAGGAAACUGCUUAAAUUCUUGCAGGAGCUUUCUCAUGCUUGUGGUUUAGCUAGAUCUUCGGAUAAAACAAGCAGUGCCAUGGAUGAUGCAAAUAGUCUCAAUCGGGAUUUUGAUAUCAAAGAGAAUGUUCUCCUAAAUGGAGAUGCUUCGUGUCUUCUUUUGGAUGAGCAUUUACUGCCAACCGAAAAUACCUCCACUGCAAGUCAUGUUGCUGUCACAGAUGAUGCUGCUACAGAAACUUCUCCAAUCAUUUGCAAUGAAAAUGGGGUUCAACCUGAUGGAGGUUCUUUGUUGUCCUGGAUAUUUACAGGUCCCUCAAGUGUGGAACAGUUGGCAUCAUGGAUGCGUAUAAGAGAGGAGAAAUCCAAUCAAGGAAUGGAGAUUUUACAGAUGCUGGAGAAGGAAUUUUGCCACCUGCAGAGCUUGUGCAAGAGAAAAUGUGAGCAUUUAAGCUACGAGGAAGCAUUGCAAGCUGUGGAAGAUCUGUGUCUUGAAGAAGGUAAAAAGAGGGAGAAUGUCACUGACUUUGGUAGUCGAAGCCUUGAGUCUGUCUUAACGAAGCGACGUGAAGAACUUAGGGAGAGUGAGAAUGAAGUCAUGCUCAGCAGCAAUAGAUUUGAGUUUGAUGCCGUAAUAAAUGUAUUAAAAGAAGCAGAAUCUUUGAAUAUGAAUCAGUUUGGAUAUGAGGAACAUUACAAUGGUGUUACCUCUCAUCUUUGUGACUUGGAAUCUGGUGAGGAUGAUGAUUGGAGAUCAAAGGACUUUCUGCAUCAAAUGGAUGCUUGCAUAGAAGUUGCUAUUCAGAGACAGAAAGAACAGUUAUCUGUUGAGCUGAGCAAAAUUGAUGCAAGGAUAAUGCGAAAUGUUACUGGGAUGCAGCAGUUUGAGCUUACUCUUGAGCCUGUGUCUGCCUUUGAUUAUCGGUCCAUAAUAUUGCCUCUAUUGAAAUCAUUCAUGCGGGCACACUUGGAGGAUCUGGCCGAGAAAGAUGCCACACAGAAAUCUGAUGCUGCAAGGGAAGCAUUUUUGGCAGAACUUGCACUUGAUUCCAAAAAGAGUGCCAUUGGGGGAAGUGAUAAUUCAAGACAUAACCAUGACAAGACAAAAGAAAAGAAAAAAAGCAAAGAGUAUAGGAAAAUGAAGGAUUCAAAGGGUACUGGUGGUAGCGAGCAGCACGUUCUUCAUCAUGUGGCAACUGAACAGGAUUCUAGUCCAGUUGCAUCUGAUGGUGAACAUCCAGACUCUGAGCCUGUUGCUUUCGUGAAUGAUGACGAUUCAAAACAUCAAGAAGAGGAACUUAGACGAAAGAUUGAGCUUGAAGCAGAGGAAAGGAAACUUGAAGAAACUUUGGAGUAUCAAAGACGAAUUGAGAAUGAGGCUAAACAGAAGCACCUGGCUGAGCAACGUAAGAAAACAACUGGAAUAAUUCCAGAGAAGGUGGUGAUAGGAUUUUCUGUUGGUUACUUAAAUCCUAGUGCUGAUGAGCAUGAUGCACAUGAACAAUUGGAACAUUUUAAGCAGAAGAGCCAGUUCCCAAACAGUUUUGAUGGCAUGCCUAGGGAUGUUAUGGAUGGUACUACAGUGCUGACUGACUCAAUUACUAGUUCUGCUAAUCAGAGGCUUAGAAGCACUCCCAGUCAGUAUCAUGCAAAAGUUGAACAAGGCUUACCUAAUGGUGGAAGUCCAGUGGAUGGUGUUUUGCUUUCUGAGCGGCGGAUAGGAAGAAAAACUAAACGGCAAAAGAAUUCCACCAAAUUGAUUGAUGGGAAGUAUCAGGCUGUAUCAUCUGGAAAGGAAAACGUUGAAGUGGGGAUUUCACAUAUUGAAGAUCGCGUCAAAGAGCAAGUUAAAAUUCAUGGCAGUGGAGUUAAUCUUCUUUUGGGAGACAAUGGAACAAAGACAUUAAGACAGUUACAAGCAGAGGAGGAUGAUGAGGAAAGAUUCCAAGCAGACCUUAAACAAGCCGUACGUCAAAGUCUUGACGCAUACCAAGCACAUCAGAAACUACCCCUGGUUUCAAGUUUAAGAAUGCCACAAAGGAUGUCUCAUGAAGUGGAUGAUGUUGGUCUUUCACCAGAUGACGUGGUAAUUAAAAAUAUGUCUGGAGCAGAUAUGUUGGGUACUGGGCUGAAGAAUGAAGUGGGUGAAUACAAUUGUUUUCUGAAUGUAAUCAUACAGUCUUUGUGGCAUUUAAGACGAUUUCGAAAUGAGUUCUUGGGGAGAUCAACAUCAGAGCAUGUUCACGUCGGAGAUCCUUGCGUUGUAUGUGCAUUAUAUGAAAUUUUCACUGCCCUGAGCGUAGCAUCUACAGAUACACGACGAGAAGCAGUUGCCCCUUCUGCUCUGAGGAUUGCUCUAAGCAAUCUAUAUCCAGAUAGUAAUUUUUUCCAGGAGGCACAGAUGAAUGAUGCUUCUGAAGUGCUGGGAGUAAUAUUUGACUGCCUUCAUCGGUCAUUCACUUCUUCCAGUAUUUCUGAUACUGAAUCAGUGGAAAGCAAUUGCAUGGCGUCUUGGGAUUGUGCAAACAGCAUUUGUCUCGCACAUUCUCUUUUUGGAAUGGACAUUUUUGAGCGAAUGAAUUGCUACAAUUGUAGUUUAGAGUCUAGGCAUCUAAAGUACACUUCCUUCUUUCAUAAUAUCAAUGCCAGUGCACUCCGAACUAUGAAGGUUAUGUGUGCAGAAAGCUCCUUUGAUGAGCUAUUGAAUCUUGUAGAAAUGAAUCACCAGUUAGCUUGUGAUCCUGAGGCUGGUGGCUGUGGGAAGUUCAACUAUAUCCAUCAUAUUCUCUCAACUCCACCACAUGUUUUUACAAUAGUUUUGGGUUGGCAGAAUACAUGUGAGAGUGCUGAUGACAUAACAGCAACAUUAGCAGCACUGAAUACUGAGAUAGAUGUCAGUGUCCUUUAUCGUGGUCUAGAUCCAAAGAACCGAUAUUGCUUGGUUUCAGUGGUAUGCUAUUAUGGGCAACAUUAUCAUUGCUUUGCCUAUAGUCAUGAGCAUGAACGGUGGGUUAUGUAUGAUGAUAAAACAGUCAAGGUAAUUGGUAGCUGGGACAAUGUUCUUACCAUGUGUGAAAGAGGACAUUUGCAACCUCAGGUUCUUUUCUUUGAAGCUGUAAAUUAGUUUUUGUGGAAUUUCUCGAAUUAUUUGCUGCAUGGGGGAGCAUCAACUUUGUGGUACCUUGAGAUUUGACUUCUAUCUAUGAUUAUGUGUUGCUGCGGUUGUGCUUAUGAAACUUGCAGUAUCUAUUUCGGAAGAAGUUUAAAAAGUUUUGAUAUAAAAUCAAGAAUUUUGUCAUACAGUGAAGGGUUUUUGUAGGAGCAACUUGUCCUCUCAGGGAGACAUAAUGUAUUAAAAGAGUUUGUGUUUCAGAAUGAGGAAAUCAGGUUAUUGAAGGGCCUGAACCAUGGGUUUUGGUACACUUGGAAAGUCCAAAUACUUUUAUCAGCAUAAUUAGGGUUUUGGUUUUCUCCUUUUCUCUGGGGUCUUUUCAAUAAGGUGGUUUGGUUGAAGAAAGGAGCAGUGACCACCGAAGUGCCUGGCGGGCAGGAAUGCAGAGGAUCAUGCUUCUGAUUUGCAAGUUGAUCAUUAGCAGCUGUUGCUGGGGGCAUAGAAUAGUUGUGCACAGGGAAAUACCAGUUUAUUUAGAUUCAAAAUGUUGUCUGGUGGAUUUUGUUUUCAUUUUUUCUUUUUCUUAAUUUAAAAGUGGUACUGUAUAGAUCACAUUUUGAUGGCCCCUUGGGUCCCUACUGCAGCAUAUAGUAAAAUUAAUUAAAAAAUCAUGUUGCUGCUGAUGGAUUUUGAAUUUUGAAUUGAAACAGACACUUCGUAGCUA